AUGGGGAUGUCGCGCUGUAGUCGCUCAACGAGGAUGCACCCUCUCCUACUGCUGCUUCUAGUGGUCAAGUGGACGCUUUGCUGCUCUUCUGUGACUGUUUCCGCAGCCCCAUACCUCUCCACUUCUUUUUGUCCAAUCGGUUGGACGCUGUGGUCGCCGGGGCCAAAAGUGGGUGUUGGGGAGCCAUCUGGUGCUGAUCAGGCUUGGUGCGUCAAGCCGCAGACCAUUCUGGUGGCGCCGGAGGGGGUAGGCGAAGUGUGUGAACGUAUCUUCGAUUUGGACCCGCCACGUGGUGGUGACAGUGUGUACACAGGAAUCAUUCCCCAUGCGGUUUCUAUUCACUCUGACGAGCAAAACGCGUGGCUGCAGCAACUGUUGGACCCAAUAUUCAGUCACACUGGAGAUCGGAUAGCACUCGGCGGUGCAGCCGGUUUCGGUGAUAUUUUCUGGCACGACGGCACGACCCCGCUCUAUACGCAUUUUGCGCCAUCAGUGAACUGGGAGACGCAUAGCGGCUGUAUUGCAAUGCAACGCGAUGGCUUUUGGAGUUUGGUAAGCUGCAGUGCACCGCCGCGCCCUUUUGUGUGCGCUUUUGUCCCACAUAACGGCUCUAACAGCGGUAAUGGCAAUACCAAUAAUAGCAGCAGUGGCAGCGGCGGCGGCGGCGGCGGGGAGGACAGCGGAGACGGCAGCGGUGCAACGACGGGUGCCCCGACGGAAGGUGGCGGGGAGGACGCACCACAGCGGCCCACGCGCCCGCCUGUGCCGUCACCGCCACCGCCGUGCGCUACGGGGUGGGUGCCGCAUGCCGACAAGUGCUACCGUCUCUACGCGGAGACGGAGGAGGUGGCAGAGGAAGGGAUGAAUCAACAGGCGGCGCAGCAGUACUGCAAGGCACUUCACCCACGCAUCACUCUCACUGCCGUCCUGAGUGAAGACGAGAAUACCUUUCUCAGCGGCCUGGUGCAGGACUGGGCGCAAGACCGUAUCGAUGAGUUGUCGCGGAUUCGGGUCUUCAUCGGCGGCAUCUUCACCGCUCACGGGUCGGUGGGCGUGUGGUACGAGGACGCGCUGUGGUACGGCGCCGAUAACAACACGACCAGCUUUCCGUCAAGCCCAACGUGGCCAACAGUAGCGAACCAUUUCUACUCGCGGUGGGGCGCGGGAGAGCCCAGCGUGGCGUUCGGUUGCGUGACAGUGUCUGUGAGCGGCACGUGGUAUGCGGAGGAUUGUCGAGAAGUGCUGCCCUUUGUCUGCGCGUACCUCAACGACGGUUCCAUCGGCACGGAGAUUCCGAGUGUCACACCAGAGAGUGGCGCGGGGUCGUCGUUGGAUUCUGAAGACAACAAAAACACCACAGAACCUGCCUUACCACCUACAGAGUUGUUGUGCAUAGAUGACUGGGCGUAUUUCGCGCCAACCAAUCGAUGCUAUCGUGUUUUGACUGGCAAUAGCGUCGCUGCGGCGGACUUAGAGCAGCGCUGCGGCCAGCUGCUCCCCGACAUUGCACCACCUGAAACCAUUCACGCGGCAGCCAUUGCAUCUGUGGAGGAGAGUGCCUUUUCUGGUCAACUUGUUGCCAACGCAGGCCUGCUGCAUGCGCUGAUAGGCGCGUCAUACAUUGAGCGAGGCGUGGCUGGCCAUUACUUCGACGGCAUGACGGAGUGGGUGCCGUACCUGGCAGGAAGUUUGUGGGCUACCGGCCAGCCGACCCGCGACAUGGGGUGCAUGACUGUUGGCCCCGCCGGCGCGUGGUAUUACUACCCCUGCGAUGCACCAGCAGAAGCGUACAUGUGUGCGUACCAGGCCGGGAAGAUUCUGCUUCCGCCGACGGUGCCGUCCCCAUCGGAGGUGCCUCCCACAUCGACGACGACGACGACAACAACAACGGCACCGUCGAACGAGACACGACCGCUGGAGGCACGCAUCGCAUCGUUGUCGGGGGCAGUCCAUCUGGUAGUGGCUGCUGGUACUGUUGGUGUAUACACCGUGUCGAGCGCUGGCGGAGCGACGGAUGGACUCCUGCUGAUGUUCGCCCCGGACAUGUCUGAGGUUCUUGCAAGCGCUGGAUGGAGCGAAUCCACUGCGAUGUCGCCGUGCGGUGGGUACAAGAAACAGGAAUACAUAUUUGGGGUCAUGCAUGGGGUUGUGACUGUGACCCACCCCAACGAGACGAUGCGUGGCCGCGUGUGUGUUUCUGGUGACGGGGUGCACUAUGUACCAACAAACAACAUUACAUUUGAGGUGGUGGACGUGGCUCUACAUGGUUUUAUUCCGGUGAAGCCUUCAGAAGAAUGGGAUCAAGACGAUGAUAACAGUGAGAGUAGUAACCGGCGUGAAAUAGGGCUCCAAGUGGUUGGUGUUCGUCUGCGGUCUAGCGGUGCCUUGCGUCUCGUCUUGCACAGGAGUGGUAGUGACACAAGGGCGGAAAUUCACCACUUACGCCUCUCGUCUGCCGCUGACUGUAUGCAAAGCCGCUACGUUCUCUUUGAAGAGGAGCUUUCUGUUGUUGAGGAUGAGCAGCUCCAGCCCACGGUCACGUACCAGUUUGCCGAUGUUGUGCCAGCCAAUGGGGCCAACCUCGACCGUCUCCAUGACGAUGAAGACGGACGACUGCCCACUGAGUUUUUCGUUUGCGUCGCGGCAUCCAAGAAAGGACGAGCGUCGCCAACGUCAAACGCCACUUUCCAGUGGCCGGCCGGCAAUAUUCCCCAUAUGUAUCCUGAUGUGCUUGGUGCCAAUAUGGUCGCAGAGGAAACGAAUGGGACCACCCAAGUGAUGGCGUGGUCCGCUGACGGCGUGCCUAUGCUGCUCUACACGUUGGUUCCCAACUUGCGGGUUUACGUGGCACCGCCGCACGUUGUUGUGCGCGGCAUGUGGGCACUAUCCCCCGCCAAGGUUGACCUUGACGCUGCCAGAGUACUGCCGCCACAGGUGAAGUCCACGAGAACUCUCCUGGUGCCGCAGUUCUCGUCGCCCGUGAUUGUUUUUGACGGUGAAGGACUACGAGAAGGCAUGUCGCUGCUGCUGUCGCGGAGGAUAGGGGAAUGCCAGAGGCGACAACCGACGCCCGGAGGCAACCCUACUAACCCCGAGGUUGCCGCCACCUUAGACACAUUCCUUGCUGUGAGUACACUGAACGUUUCAAUAGCGCCGCGGGCCAGUGAUAAAAAUGUCAGCAGUGGCGAAAACAGCAGUAACAGCUUGGCGUUUGUCCAACUGAACCUCAAUCAUACAGGGAUGUGGGGCGUCAGUUUGGCGGAUGAGGAACAAACGUGGCAGGUUUGCUUUGCAUACACCCCACUCUUAAGCUUUAUGCCACUCACAGACAUAAAAAUUGUCGUAAAAAGGGCUCGAAUCUUGGCUGUCACAACGGAUGAAGACAAUAACGAUGGUCUUAACAACGGUGCCUCUCCAGAACUAAAAAUUAGCGCAGGAUUCAGCGGAUUGCUGCGACUAUGGGGUCUCGACGUGGAUAUGUGGUCGCCGAGCACACUCAGCAAUUCAGAGAUUGCGUUUGCGCAGCCUCCUCCAGGGAAUUCGAGUAUCGCGGACUUAACCUUCCAGUGCACCAACACCUCUCUUUUCUAUCGCCAGCGGACCUUGGGCAUCGUGGUGCCGCGUAGCGCCACCAACAGCGUUGUAGAGGAUGCCAUCAAAAAUGGCUCGAUGUCAGAUACACAGCGAGGCGCGGCGGUGGUAGUGCUUCCACCGGGAUUUAUAGACAAGGAAACCACGCGCCGUAUGCGUGUGUGUCUGUCAGUCCCACUGCCUUUUCGUAGCGACCACCGUGUGUUCAUUCCGACUACCGCAACCGUCGAUGUCCGCCCCGUCGAGGUUUACUUCAUUGGGCCAUAUACGGCCCACUUUCCCACAGCAGGGGAGACGGACCAAAGCCUGACGGUCGUGGAAAUCGCCGAUAAUGCCGACGACUUGGUGUUAUCACUCUCUGGUUACGGAUUGAGUGAUGACAUGAUGCUGUUUUUGUCAGAAGAACGCUGCCACCCGCGGCGCGAUAUGGGGGGCGAGAGCGAGGACAUGCAAACCUACAUUGACCGCAUCAGUCGCCUGAACUUCACCAUUAUGCGACCCUACGACGUGCCACCGAAGUACCGGCUGGAGUUCGCCGCCGCUGCUACGAGCAGCGACGCCUUCAUCACCCUUAGCAAGAUGCAUACAGCGCCAUCAGAGGCUGAUCGCAUCUUUGGGGCGGCGCGGACGCCGCUGUUUGUAUGCCUCUACGCGCCAGGAACGUAUCGGGCAGUGUACCCGCUCGCCUUCAAGUUUGUUGUGCGCCGUCCAUACGUGACGUCGAUACGCGCGGCAUGCGAGCCGGCUGCGCCGCAGGCGGUGGUGACGUACUCGUCGUUCGUCGACCUCGUGGUGGAGGGCUUUGGCCUGUAUGACGGGGAGGCGGCGUUCGUCCCGGCGGUGGACUGCAGCAACGCGACGAGCUUCCUGUGGCGAAGCCCCGUUCGCACGUCUGGAGUGCCGUCGAUGGCUGCCAAUCACCACACUGGCUGCGGGGCUAACACCUCCUCCCUCUCGCGUUACGUGAAUUCGCAAAAGUCCAUGUCGUCGUGGUUCCUUUCGCUCACACAGGCGCACACGGCGCGCAUUGGGGCGCUCGAGCCCACAGAAAACAGCAUCGAUCGAUUCCAAUGGUGCGUGCGCUACCGAGAUGCUGACGCGCUCGUGAAUGCAACCACUAAAGCGGGUGGCUGGAGAAAAGGGUUUGUGCCAACUGGUAUAUUGUAUCAGCUUAUCAUCCCAACUACGGACGGCUUCCUUUUCGGAAACAGCACGACAAAACAUCUGACACGUAAAACACGUCACCCGACACUGGGAUACUGGGAGAAGAUUCAGCUUGUCGGGCCACUCAUUACACACACGUAUGGACUAGGCAAUCCACUUUUCAUGUUUCUCGCUGAGGAGCUCGUGCCAUGCAAGAAGCUGAAAAAUUACUUUAUCAAUACGAACAGUUCUGAUCGUUUUAUUACGGCAGUGAACGGGUCCGCGGUCAUCGUGCCGAAACUGCUAACCAAUACUGGGACAUUUAAGUUGUGUGCAAGUGCCAUUUAUCCUGAGCGGCUUUCGUCGGAAGAGGGGACAGAGGCAGCACUCCAGUUCUUCGAACUCAAGGGGCUGCGUAUCAAGCUGGUGGAUCCUGUAUACGCGUUCUUUUCGUUGAACCGCACAGAGUACGUCACGGUGGAGCAAGGACAGGAGUGGGCGCUUCCGGUGAGUGGGUCGAGCAUCUCAAACAUGUCUCUUUUGCGCUUCCGGCCCUUGACUGCGAACUGCAGCACGCCGAUGCCCAGCGGCCUGGACGAUGUGAUUGUGCGGAACCUGUUUGAUGGGCUGAGCCUCGUGGGCAAUGCCAUUCACCCACCGGAGAGGGGUGACAACAACAGUGAGACGAGUGAGCCACACUACAUCGUACUCGAGCGUGAACUUAUUCGUGGCCUCAAGGUGCAAGAGUACAAGGUGUGUUUUAAGCCUGAUCGGUCAACGCCGUGGAUGAGCUCUGGUGUCGUGUUGGAUGUGCGCGAGCACAUACGCAGGCCGACACGCUACAGAUACUUUGCUGAUGACGGUAGUGAGGAUGUCGUCUCCUUCACUGCCCUACCACCAACGAAGAUUGCGCUUGAGUGGCUUACACAAGAGGAGGACACGACAAACAUUGUGGGCGCCGUUGCACGCGAGCUGGCGGUGGCGCUUUGGUGUCGCGACGGUAGUGCAGCAGAAAACAAUACCAAUGACAACAAGAAGAGUAGUAGCGGCAGGAGGGAUGUGGUACCGUGCGGUAAUUGGAGGCGUCUCAUGUUUGUGCGGCCAUUAGACGACGACAGAGAUCCCUGUUUUGUUGACUUCGAGGCCGUCCAGCCGGACAUAAUCCGUGGCCCGUUUGUCCUGGAGGACAGCAUUCUCACGAUACCGCGCAGCGUGAGCCGAAACGUGAGUUUCUACCCCAACGCGACACAGCCGUGGAUCAUGUGCCUAGAAACCGCACCGGAACGAUGGCGGGAAUCCAUUUCCCCACUCGUGCAGUUGCAGUUCACAACACCAAUUCCAAGAGGGUUCUGUUCCCAGCCGGAUGAUCCAAGCAACACCACGGUACCCUUCUUUGGCCACGAAAGAAGAGCAAUGGACUCCUCUACUGAUCGCACCGAGGCAGAGGGAAACCGCACACUGAUUUUGCACGUGGAGGAAACGAGCAGAGUAUUCUAUUUGAAUGGAUAUGCCAUUCAACGCGGUUUCAUGCUGCGCUUCGGAUCACGCUGUGACGAGGAGGUUAAUGUGGGCGACAAGGGUGAGGGGAAAAAUAGGACAGAGCUCGUGGCCAAGGUGCAGCAGCUGAAUAACACGCUUCUGUAUGAGGAGCCACUCACUAUUGAGGAUGACCACGGCGUGUUUCUCUUUCCCGCUACUCACUUCGCCCGUAUCGAGGCACCAACGUUGAUGUGCCUUUCAACAGAUGGCGGCGCAUCUUACGUUAUGACAAACCUUUCACUGACCGUGCUGCCAUCACAGAUACGGCGCGACUGGCCCGCAGACGAGGCACGUAUCACCGAACUUGCGUUCCGUCGUACCCUCGUUGUGCCGCGUAAGAGCAAGGGUACAGUAAGCAUGGCCGGGCUGUAUGGUGCUAACAACGAUGACGAAGGUGACGACGGCACCCUUAGCAGCAGAAGCACAAGGAACAUCAAUGAGUUUUCGGUGGGGGCGCAGGUGCUGCUGUCAUCUGCGUGCCACGCGAACCUCGAGGGUCUUCCCAUCAUCACCGUCACAGUUCCGGGCGCCAUCUCAGUGACGGAGACACACACCCGCAUCGCUACCAGGGAGCGGCUGCACAUAUGUGUUCGCCAAGCUGGCAGCGAGAAUGAAAGCAACACGACGGCUUUUCACGGGUUCCGUCCCUCUGGCCUUUUCUUCCGAGUGCUUGAUGUUGCUGUGACGUCUGUCACUCUGCACAAGACUAUGCCAAACCUUGUGGCGGAAGAGAACGGUCUGCAUCACCUCGUUGUCCGUCGAAACAAUGAGUCGAUGCUUUUGGUUGUCACGAUGGAGUCGAGAAUAGGCAACGGCAACACUAGCGACGCACCCAACUCCACGGCCUUGGCUGAGAUUCGCGACGUGGAGGAACGUUACAUCGACAUGCUAGAUACGCCGGGGGCGUUGUCACUUUUCCGCCUGGCAAAGUUCCGUGUCGGAAGGCCCUGCAGCGUGCCAAACCCACAGGAACCGGAGGCGAGUCUUGCCCCGCUCACCGCUCUGACUGCCACGUUUGUGAAGGACACGGUGCGGGUGACGACGCAGGAUGGGUCGGCGCCGGUGGUGGACUUCGCGCUGCCGUUGCACACGGCGAAGAACGGGACUGUGGAACCGUGGUCGCCGUCCUCGCUCUGUGUCUCCGUGGAUGGGGGCCGGCACUACUUGUCCUUUGGAGCCUCCUACGUGUCAGUGUCGUGGGCGCCAACACUGCGGGUGCAGCUGUCAAUGCAGGGAGAGAACAUGAGCGAGGACGGGGACACUGAAGAGGUAGAGAAAGGUGGUGCCGUUGUCUCCACCGUAGUGCACCUCAUCGAGCAAGCAAGUCUGUAUGGGAAGCUCGUCGACGUCCGCUACGCUGUACCACCACAGCCGUUUCAGGCAACCCCGUUAAGCCGUUACGUGAGUGAUUUCACCACCGACGUGCUCUGGACUGGCUUCCUGCAAGACACGGGCUUUGCGAGCGGCGGAGAACUCUACUUUCCUCCGGUGACUAUGAACGACGGCGAGGAGGGCGGUCCGUUGUACUUUUCCGCCAACUAUCGCUACCGAGACAUCCCCACUGGCUUGACGUUGCAGCUUCUGCCGAUGUCGCUUCAUUGCAUUGGGGAGGUACCCAGCACGUUGCAGCAGCUGCAUGGUCGCUCCACUGGGUGGUUGUUGCCCAUCCCAGGACCUUGUGGCCACACUAUUCAAGCUGGUGCGGUUUUGCGUCUUGUCAGCGAGAGUGUUACCUCCUGCGCUUCGCCAGAAGCUGAGCGUGCCUACGCCAUGGAUGGCAUUGUGGUGAAACCGCUCGAGUGGGCCGGUGCCACGGCAACGACGAUGACGAUGCCGACGACGACGCUGCAACUGCCCACUGCGAUGAACUACGUUCCGGAUGGGCUGUACAAGGUUUGUGUGAAAAAGUACCUCCCCUCCCGCCUCGGAAAGGGGGAAGUCUACCUGGAUACACCUGUGAAGAUUGAAGUAGUCUCGUCGCUCGUGGUGAACGAGGUUUCUGGGCUUCUUAGCGGGGCACUGGCUGUGUUCCAAGGCAGUGAGACGGUGCUUUCCCUGCGAGGUUCUGUCGUUCCGUUUAUGGGCGACAUCCGCAUUGCACUUACGCCGACAGGGGUAGUGGAUGUGCCAGAUGCUGCUGACGCCUGCAGUGCUCUCCGGUGGCCUUUCAAAAAGGGCGGCGCCAACGCAACACACCCUGUUUUAUGGAAAUAUGUGGUGUCGUUCACCGUCCGCUUGAGCCCGGAGGACCUCGGCUGUGUCACGAAUCACACCGCCUAUCGCGUGUGCUACAGCGUCGACGGUGGCCUGAGCUUUCGUGCAGUAGGACCGACGUCAUCGUUCCUGCGGCUGGUGAUCCUCCCGCCUACCAUUGUUGGCCCGGUGAUGACGGAGCGACAGCCGUACAACCCCAACACCGUGACGGCAACAGCACAGCGACUCGAGCGCUUCGUCAGCCGCGGUGCGUCGCCAUCAACUGCUUCGUACUUGUCACCAGCGAAAGUGUCAUUCUUUGUGGAUCGGCCGCCCAGCUACUUCUUUGGCGCAAGCGAGUGCUUUGUUGGGAAUGGUAUCGGCGCAGGGAGCGGCCGUUAUGCUGCUGGUGCCAUACAGGCGCUGGCAGUUGCGGUCCUUCGAACGGACGCAUUUGGGGAAGUAUGCGACGGAGCAGAUUUGCAAUCCGUGAUUGCGGUGAACGAGGAGGUAAACCCGAGCUGGGGUGACUACGUCCCUAACCCACUCGCGCUGCCGGUGUUUAUCGUCGACGCUCGCAGCGGCUGUCUCUGGGAGCAGGCUGCUGACAACAGCAGCAGUGCUGGUGUUGGUGAUGGCGUGCUUCGACGGGAGUGGCUGGAGCACACCGCAUCGCUCCGCAGCGAGGGCGGUCUUAGCGCGCAUGCAUUGCUUGGAAGGGCGGCGACAAGAGAGGAGCGUCUGAGCCGUGAGUCUAUCUCAUACCUUGUGUGCACGUCGGUGGAUGGGGUGCACUUCUACAGCGCCAACGCACCGCCGCAUAGCGGCGACGAGGGCGACGUGAAUGGCACAACAAAUACCACUUCGCUGGUAACAGCGGCGCCUAGCGAGUCGGUGGCGCCGCUGCAGAACGUUAGCGGACUCCCACUCGUGUUGCGUGUGGACCCCAGUUUCAAUGGCUCGUACUAUGCCCGUGACAUUGCGGUCGUCGCAGUCCUCGCCGUGCGCCAACGCGCGCCUACGGCUCAGGCGUCGUUGGACCUCAACAGUGGCGCGGGGGCACUCGAACGCUUCCAGAAGGCGGUGGCGCGGCUGCUGCAGAUCGACCCGGCGCUCAUUGUGGUGCGGCUUGCGGAGCGUGGUGUUGUGGCCCCCGUGUCUGGCGCGAACGCCACACAGCCGCAGGGCUACCCGCUCUACACGCUCUCCCUGUCGCUGCUCUCGGAUGCUCGUGUGUCGAAGAGAAGCGCGGGUGCCUCGGAUGAGGCGGGCGGCGUGACGCCGUCACCGGAGCUUCUUCUACGGUACGCAUUGCUUCUGCGUGACAGCACAACACAGGCGUCGCUCCUCUCGACACUGCUGCCGCCUGCUGUGAGCGAGGCCAACCUCGCAACGGUGGUGGCUCCGUACGUCAACUACACCUUCGGCACCGGCGUUGACCUGCACGCGGCGCGGCAGCAGCACCGGAGCGAGCUCCCGAGUGCGCCGAGCGAGGAGCCGGCGUGGCGUGAACGCUUUGCCGCCAUUCCUCACGCGACCCUUGCCGCCGACGCUGUUCCCGAUGAUGUGACGAACGACUCAACGAACAAGAUGUCGUGGUGGGCGGUGCCGCUGCUGCUCGUGUUCCCUGCGUGUCUUGUCGCGGGGUCGCUGUGUUUGUACCGGCGGUUCCUCCGCUUCCGUCCGCUAGGGGAGAGAAGAGUACCAGGAGCGGCGGCGGCGGCGAGAGUAGAAGCACCCUAA